AGUUUGUUUCUGUGUGUUUGUCGCUGCGAUAAUCAGAUCCGCAUGAAGCUGGAGCUGCGUUGAUCCGCUGCAUGUCCGGGAAGUUUUUGGGGGACAAACGAGACAAGAAGAAGUCUGAACGUUUAAAUCUGCCUUCUUUUACUUACCCCAUCCCGUCUCUCUGCACAAGGCCCGGGGACCGAGUACAGCGGACGAACCGGGGCGGUGCUCGUUAAAUUCAGCCGUGGACCGGUUCGAGCUGCCGCUGGAUGGGAGUUUAACACACAGAUAUUUCAUCUCGUCUACUGCGCCGAUGGAAGCGGAAAAACCGCCCUGUUCUCAGAGAUGCGGCUUGUGGAAACGCUAAAGAGAAACUGCAGCAGGAGGCCUGAUGAUUUAACUGUGUUAUAAAGUUGAACUUCCCAGGAUCCUGAGCUCUUUACUCCAGAUAUUUUCUACAUGAGAGAUGCCCGGCAGCAAGAGGAAACCUUUCUCGCAGGAUUUUAGUGGUGAGAAACGUGAAUCGAGCCAAACAAGGGGACAGAAAACGCUCGGCUAACCAACAAACCCGAGCAGUCGGACACUUUCUUUGGAUGUCGUUGACCUACGCCGCCUUUCUCCUGCCCGGACGACGUCACAGAUAGCAGACAAUGUCGGCCGACAACAGCCCGCCGCCACCGCUCGCCUCGCCGCGUUCUUUCCCAGCCCUCCCUCCGCAUGCGGCCCCACCCACCCCGUCGCCAUCCCCCAGCCCGCCCGCCACCCUCUGCAGCCGGCUGUCCAACGGCAGCCAGACGGCCCCCAGCCCAACAAGCUCACGAUGCUCCGUCCAUGGAGUCUCGUUCCUGCUUCAGAUCGGACUCACCAGAGAGACGGUCACCCUUGACCCCGGAGACCACUCGCUGUCUGCUGUCAGGGAGCUCGUCUGCUCCAUCGUGGAUCAGAAGUUCCCUGAAUGUGGAUUUUUCGGGAUGUAUGACAAGAUCCUGCUCUUCCGCCACGACCUGAACUCAGACAACAUCCUGCAGCGUCUGACCUCCGCGGAUGAGAUCCACGAAGGCGACCUGGUCGAGGUGGUACUCUCUGCUCUCGCCACAGCCGAGGACUUCCAGAUCCGCCCUCACACGCUGUAUGUUCACUCCUACAAGGCGCCGGCCUUCUGCGAUGACUGUGGGGAGAUGCUGUGGGGGCUCGUCAGGCAGGGCCUCAAAUGUGAAGGAUGUGGACUGAACUACCACAAACGGUGCGCGUUCAAGAUCCCCAACAACUGCAGCGGAGUCAGGAAGAGACGACUGUCCAACGUCUCCCUGCCGGGCGCCGUCAUGUCCAUCGCUCGCCCGCCUUCCACUGAGUUCACCCCGAUACCGCAGGAGGAGUUGGUGCAGCGCCCCCUCAUUGGUGCCGGGAAGCGUAACUCCCUGCUGAGCGGUCGUCCCAUCUGGAUGGAGAAGAUUGUCCUGGGUCGGGUCAAAGUCCCUCACACCUUCUCCGUUCACACCUACACCCGUCCCACCAUCUGUCAGUUCUGCAAACGUCUGCUGAAGGGCCUCUUCCGCCAGGGGAUGCAGUGCAAAGAUUGUAAAUUUAACUGUCAUAAGAGAUGUGCGGUGAAAGUACCUCGAGACUGCCUCGGUGAGGUCGACUUUAAUGGAGAACCAGCCAGUCCCAGUCUGGACUCCGAGGCGACGAUGGAGGUGGACAACAGCGACGCCAACAGCGACGGCGGUCAAAGCAUGGACGAGCAGGACGACAAGCUCUUCUUCAUUGAGGGUCCCUGCACGGACGGCGAGAAGGAUGACGAGACGCUCAGAGCCAUCAGCCCGUCCACCAGCAGUAACAUCCCUCUGAUGCGUGUGGUUCAGUCCAUCAAACACACCAAGAGGAAAAGCUCCACAGUGGUCAAAGAGGGCUGGAUGGUCCACUACACCAGCCGCGACAACCUGAGGAAGAGACAUUACUGGAGGCUGGACAGCAAGAGUCUGACUCUGUUUCAGAAUGAAAGUGGAGCCAAGUUUUACAAGGAGAUCCCCCUUUCCGAGAUCCUCCAGGUGGAGCCUGCGCAGGACUUCGGCAGCCUGCCACAGGGCAGCAACCCUCACUGCUUCGAGGUGAUCACAGCCAACAUGGUGUACUAUGUCGGGGAGGACAACGGCAGCCUGUACCACAACCCCGUGCUGGCGGCGUCCGGCGUUGGGCGGGACGUCGGCCACAGCUGGGAGAAGGCCAUCCGACAGGCGAUGAUGCCGGUCACGCCCAAGGCCAGCGUCGGCACCGGGCCUGGCCAGGGGAAGGACCACAAGGAGCUAUCUAUGAGCAUAUCAGUGUCCAACUCCCAGAUACAAGAAAAUGUGGAUAUCAGUUCAGUGUAUCAGAUCUUUGCAGACGAAGUCCUCGGCUCCGGACAGUUUGGGAUUGUUUAUGGAGGUAAACACAGGAAGACCGGCAGAGACGUGGCGAUCAAAAUCAUCGACAAAAUGAGGUUUCCCACCAAGCAGGAGAGCCAGCUGAGGAAUGAGGUGGCCAUUCUCCAGAACCUCCACCAUCCGGGGAUCGUUAACCUGGAGUGCAUGUUCGAGACGCCCGAGCAGGUCUUCGUCGUCAUGGAGAAGCUACACGGGGACAUGUUGGAGAUGAUUUUAUCCAGUGAGAAGAGCCGACUGCCCGAACGCCUCACAAAGUUCCUGGUCACGCAGAUCCUGGUCGCCCUCAGACAUCUUCACUUCAAGAACAUCGUCCACUGUGAUCUGAAGCCGGAGAACGUUCUCCUGGCCUCAGCAGAACCCUUCCCUCAGGUGAAGCUCUGUGACUUCGGCUUUGCUCGGAUCAUCGGGGAGAAGUCGUUCCGUCGCUCGGUGGUCGGCACUCCAGCUUAUCUGGCGCCCGAGGUGCUCCGCAGCAAAGGCUACAACCGAUCUCUGGACAUGUGGUCGGUCGGCGUCAUCAUCUACGUCAGCCUGAGCGGGACGUUUCCCUUCAACGAAGACGAGGACAUCAACGACCAGAUCCAGAACGCCGCCUUCAUGUACCCGCCCAACCCCUGGAAGGAGAUCUCAGAGGAGGCCACAGACGUCAUUAAUAACCUGCUGCAGGUGAAGAUGAGGAAGCGCUACAGCGUGGACAAAUCCCUGAGCCACCCCUGGCUGCAGGACUACCAGACCUGGCUGGACCUCAGGGAGUUCGAGACGCGGCGAGGCGAGCGCUACAUCACCCACGAGAGCGACGAUGCCCGCUGGGAGGAGUACGCUGACGAGAGAGGCCUGCACUACCCCAAACACUUCAUCAUGUCCCCCAACCUGGACGACAUGGAGGAGGACCCCUAG